CGGAACGCGGGCUUGCAUAUGGUCUGCGCAUCCUGCUAAGAUAAAUUAUACGGAAAUGGAGACGCAUCCUAUCAAGUCUCUCAAUUACCAGGCAUAUAAGGACCAAGAGCAACACAACAAGAGCAAGUCUGCUGUGGUGCGUCUCGUUUGAAAGGCACCAUGUGGAGCGUAUUACUCUUUCUCCUAGUCCAGCCUUUGCACACCGACAGCAUGGUCUGCCCUAACAGCUGCAUGUGCAACCUAGAGGGGGCCGUCAAAUGCGUGGGCAACAUCAGGGACGUGCCCAAAGGCAUGCCCACCAACAUGUACCUACUUCAGCUGAAUGGCACCAACAUGAAGGUUCUGAACGAACAGAGUCUGGCCAUGUUGCCCCUUAUGCUGCGUUUAGGCAUCAGCCACAGCCCCCUGGACACCAUCCACCCUGAGGCCUUCCAUGUGGCCCCGCAGCUCCUCUCCAUCAAGCUGUCAUCCAACGCCCUCUCCAGCCUCCCUUCCCGGGUGUUCAGCCCCUUGGUCAGCCUGGAGCAGCUGCAUCUGGAUGACAACCGUCUGGAGUCCAUCGCUCCCGUGUUGUUCGAGGGUCUGGCCAACCUGAACGAACUGGACGUCAGUAACAACGCCAUCGCUCACCUCGCCCCCAAUGUUUUCCACGGACUGAGUAGCCUGCGCUAUCUCAACCUGGGGAGAAACUCCCUGCAGCAGCUGCCCCCCACCUUGUUCCACUCAUUGACACGGUUGCAGUUCCUCAUGCUCUACAACAACAAGCUAGAGCGGCUGGAGUUGGGUGCCUUCGACGAGCUGGCCAACCUCCUGGAGCUCAAACUGCACAACAAUCAGAUCGCAUACAUCCCCCCCGAGGUGUUUUGGGCCCUAGGCAACCUCAUGACACUCACCAUGUCCUCCAACCUUCUCCAGCGUGUCCCAAAUGAAAGCUUCUACCACCUUCCCAAACUCACCAAGCUCACUAUCUACAAAAACCCUCUGCUGUCACUGCCUGAUAAGUUGAUGGGCCAAAUGCCCAGGAUGAAGGAAUUCUACCUGUAUGACACCAACCUCAGCACCGUGCCCUGGAGCCUGUUUGCCAACAUGAGCGGGAUGGAGAGGCUCUCCCUGCACCUCAACAACAAGCUGAGGGAGCUGCCCCCUGACAUUUUUUGCUGCCUGCCCAACCUCCAGAAGCUUUCUCUCAAGUCCAAUGACAUCCAGGAUCUACAUCCAGAUAUCUUCUCCAAGCUGGCCAAUAUGAACACUCUGCUCCUGAAUGAUAACAAGCUUCGCUCCCUUUCUGAGGACAUAUUUAAGGGCAACCCCAGUUUGGCCAGCGUCGAGCUGAAGAACAACCAGCUGCGGACCCUUCCGGGGGAGGUCUUCUCUACUGCAGGGGGUUUAAGGGCUGUCACUCUGAGUGGCAACCCAUGGGACUGCAGGUGUGGCAUCAGAGACAUUGCAAGUUGGAUAAAGCUUAAUGAAGGCGUGGUUAGUGAUCGGACGGAUGUGAUAUGUCGUAAUCCGUACCCUCUACUUCUCCGCCCACUUGGUUCCCUACUCGACGAAGAGUUUAAGUGUGACGUUACCACACCCUCGAGCAGCCGCUCCACCCGCUCUUCGAUUGAACUCAGCCAUGCCGUUUCCACGACAGCUCUUGAGGAGCAAGAGGUGGUAGACUUCACAGCCACAACUACUGCACCCGAGGCUCCAUCAACCCAACAAACAGAAAAUCCUACUGAGAGUGUCCGGUUCACCACACCUGGGACUAGGCGCACAACAGCUGCCACACCGACCGCCGACGUUCUCGACAUUCUUGACGACGACUAUAUAUUCAAGCCUAUGGGCACCGAAUCGCUCCCCGUCCAUGUCCUAUCCCCGCCCUUCCACGACAGGCUGGUGUUUGAGAACGGGCUCGAGUUUGUGCACAACAACCGCCUAAAGGGCUGGGUUUACCUGUGGACGCUGCCACCCAAUGGGGCUUACGUUGGUUUCCUCAUGGCUCUCCACAUCCUUCUAGUGGCCACAGGCGUGGCCCUGAUUCUGGCUGCCAUGUACGGGAUGUACCGUCUCCACCAGGCCACGGAAGACCUAGGAGCAAUACUCACAAACAGGAAACACGCCAUCAUAUCAGAGAGGAAGCAGAAAGACCCAGAUAAACUGUAGCUUCACCAAAUGCGAAGAUGCAGUACAGUAUGUGUCGAGAGUAUCAUUGUGGUGAAACAGUUUUUAAAAGAAUAGCGGAACAAGACCUUUGGAAACCUGUCAAUGUAAAGCACAAGCCAACGCUGUCUGCAUUAUUUGAAGUUUGUUAGCAUUAGAAGAGUGUAACUGACAAUUUAUUCAUUAGGCAUAUCUCGUCUCCUCCCAGUGGUAGGAGCUUUAAACAACAGGGACAAAGAAUGAUCCUCUCACAACAUUGGUCCAAAGAGCCAGACCGUUAUGGAGUUAGGCUAGCUCUUUUUCUACUAUUAUUGUGAAAAUAACGGAUGACGGUAUUGAUAACUACGCAGACCGAGCGAACAAUUUCUCAAUUCUAUUAGGUGAACCAUAUGUUCAUUAAGCUGUGGGUAAAAUUCACCUCUGGAGUACAAGCUAAGCAACCUUGUUUUACUCCUAAGAGUUUUCCAGUCAAUUAAUGGCCAUAUGAUGACAGUACGCAUUCCUUCAGCGAUACAACGAUUGGCAACAUCUAACCAGUGGAAAAUAACGUUGUCAUGGUUUAUUAGUUAGAUAGAGGUCAUACUGUUUCUGCAGCUGGGGAAAGUAAGCCGAACCGCAUGAAUAGAAAUGUCCUGAUGUCAUAAGAUUAUCUUAUUCUUGUCUUUCCCACUAGCAGCUAUGAGUGAUCCUAAUAUGCCUGUAUAUUUUACACACGCACGCACACACACACAUACACACGUAAGUGAGGUACUGAUAUCUUACUAUUUAACUGCUCAGAGACAUCUUGGUAUGCCGACAGGUGUGAAUUAUGAAAAUUAGGGGACUUUUGGAUGACCCCCACAAAUCACAAGACCAAUUGUAGUCAUUUAAAUGUAUUAAAUACAUUGAAAAAAAGCAGACAAGGGGACAUGAGCUUCAUGUAUUGUUGGUGAGCCGAUGCUUUUCUUUUGACUCACGGGACACGACGGACAGAUACGAUGAGGCUCCUAUCUCAGUCCUAAAAAAUGGGAAGCUCAAGUACACCAUUUGUCAAUAUCAUAGUGUAGUAAGCCAUUUUUCGUUGGGAAAUGUUCAUUGCAAUGUUCCUUCCAAAACAAAAACAAGCAUCCACAUGAAAAACUGUUUAAGGCAUUGGUAUUCAUUUAUCACCAUGUACAAAGUGGCCUAUAAAUCAUUUGUUUUAUCCCAUUACUCUUGUGUUGGCAGAUCAUUCUCAUGUAGGCUAUUUGAGAACUACGCUGUUAAGAUAGAAAGACUCAAAGCAUCGUCAUUGUGUAGUGGAACCAUGAAAAACAGUUCACCUAAGCUGAGAUCUGGUGUUUGGAGGGUGUUUGAAUGUCAACCCAAUGCCAGUGUUAUAGUACGCUGAAUGUAUUUGAAGAAAACAGAAUGGAGAUUCAGAAAGUGGUUCUUCAGUUUGAAGGUUGGUGUUAAGAUAGUCUUGUGAAAACCAUUUCUGGUGUUUCUGGUGUUUCAGUGCAUGUAAAAAGCAGCAUCUGAGCACAAAAAGCAUGUUUUGGCAGACUGUCUCUCAUACAAUCAAAUGGUUUUGAAAUGAAAAUGGUUUAUAGCGUAAAUAUUGAUCGGGGAUGAUUUUAUUUGAGUUUAAAAAAUUAAGAUAAUUAUGGGAAUUGAAUACUUUUCCUAGGGUAAACAAGGGCACUAAUUAUAGGCUACUGUUGCCAGACCCAUUGUGAGAUUAGAAUGAUGUUACAAAUCAAAAUGACAACUCUUUAUGUUGUCAAAACAUUAUCUUAGUCCACUCAGUCAGUCUUCAGGACUAAACUGUUGUGCUGAACCACCCUUCUUGUACUGAGCACAUCGGGCCUGAUUCAGACUUGCAAUAGACUUAACAUGGACCCAAUAAAAUAUGGACUUAACUCAAAAAAAUGUUAAAGUCCAUGUUAAAUCAACUUAUCUUUAUUUUUUCUGUGCUUUGUUUAGAAAGAUUAGUAACAGGAGACUGAUUAAAUAGUUAAUUUUACCCAGUCAACCACACAGCCACGUACCGUGUGAAGAACUUGGGCCCCCAUAUCAGAAUGUUUAGAUUAAAGGCAAAAUUUGAACUUCAGACAUUGUGCUUCUUUACUGUUUAGAAUUGCUCCAGUCUGGGGCAUGGAGGUGGAGAGAGGGCAUUCGUAUCUGGUGUGCCCUCUAAGCAAACUCUAUGGUCAAGUAUAAAAACAGGCAAGCAUGCGGGCACCUCCCCUUUAUUCAGAUCCUUCACGAACUCAUACAGGAAAGAGCACAACAAACGCUGAGGUGAAACACUCCAAAAUAAUCCAAGAAAGUAUGUGUCAAUGACAAUGUGAGUACAAAACGUUAUUACACUGAAGAAAGAAACAGAAAAGGAAUUCACUCAACAAGAACUAGCCAGCAGAUCUUAUCCACUUGCUUACAGCUAGUGAUGUUACGUUUGAUACCGGCGCUCCAAGGUAUGCGUCGAAAUCGCAAAGCAGCUCACCUCGAAGAUGUCUGCCGAUGCGUGUAUGACUUUAUCAGCCGUACGUCAUCAAUGACCUCUGAAGCUUUGUUUGAUCACGUGCUUUUUCAAACCGUGUGUUGCAAAAACGCAAGAUCUCACUGAUCACGCCGUUGUUCCGGUGACUUUUCCGAUUCCAAGCUGAUUUCAAAACACUGACCUCUACUGGACACCGUACAUACAAAUACAGUUAGGAUUUUGUACAAAAAGUUUCACCUAGCCGGUAGUUUAGCAGAUAGGCGAGGGAACUAUGUAACAGUCAUGGACGUGAGGGUUCGGGUCGAAUCCCGUUGAAGGCACUGUUGCUCAAACUUGUUUUGUAUAGUAUAAGCUUCUGUCUUACGCAUCCUAAAUAAUGCCAUAGAUUCAGUUUUUGCUAAAUAGUUAAGCAUGAUGUAAGAUGUGAACCUAGUAUUCCAACAGAUUAGGCUACUAAAAAGCCAAUGACAUACAGCUGUGCCACGAUGCUAUAAUGAAAACAAUGGGGGGGAAAUAUCUCUGAUAAUCACACACUGCUAUUUAUUGCUGACCAGCAGAGGUCACUAAUGUGCAUUGGGAACAUAAUAAAGCUCUGCGUAAUUAACAGUUUAUCGGCACAAUUUGGUGAAAGCGCCGAAGCCUUAAGAAAGCCUCGGUUUCCCAUCACUACUUAUAGCUGCACUAGGGUUCAGAUAGGCUUCAUGUGUAGAUUAAGAAACCCCGGAGCUGGCGCGAGAUAUGGCUCGGAAAACGCAUCUCAAUUCAGGGAUGAGAAAUGUGUUGCAUUCCAAAUUGUCCUCUCAUCCCAACUGUUACACCGAAAAGAUUGAAAACGGUUGUUUUUAUCCUCAUGCUAGCUAGCAGUAGCCACAGCAGCCAUUGUGGAAUGGCAUGUCGCAUUGAACAACAAAGGAGCUGAUUUGUUGACACGGCCAUUCCUAAAUGGCUGCUGUUGCUUCUGCUGCCUAAUAUUAGGAUGAAAAGGACUGUUUUCUGGAAAAACUAGCAUUCGUUAAAUCUUCUACGCGUAACAGUUGGGAUAAUGGGACAAUUAGGAGCACAAGGCACUUCUCAUGCCUGGAUUGAGGUACGUUUUCCGAGCAAUAUCACGCCGGCUCCGCAGUGUCUUAAUCUACACAGAAAGUCUGUCUGAAUCUUAUACAGCUGUCAGCAAGCGGGUCGGAUCUGCUGGCUAAACAACAGCGUUUGUUUUGAGUAGCAUUUCGGCUGCUCAUGGUUGCUGUACGCUUAUAGUUCAAGUCAAACAGACGUUUUGAUUCGUUGGUUCAUUUUCUUAAUGCUACAUGGUAGUUAACUGACACGUCGGGCAGAUGUUUUGAUGCAAAUGAAGGCCUGUUUUUUGGCUUGCCAGGUAUUUCUUUUGUUUGGCUUGCCUACUAGCUUUAUAUAUUGUUUGAUGCCUGCACCACAUGCUAUAUGUUACACCAAAUAGCCACUGCCAAUUUAGCCUGCUCUAGCGUUGGCCUGCCUCGCCACAUGUUACUGCAUCCCACUUUUGACAUUCAUAUUGUUCUUUUGUUGCUAAUUUACAUAGCUUCAUAUAUUCAAUAUUCAUAAAUUGCUUCGUAUAGCAAUUUAUGAAUAUUAUAACAGUUAAUAACUUCAUUAUGCAUUCGUGCACCAUCAUUAUUGCUUGUUAUUAUUAUUUGCCUGUAGAGAAACAUACGUACUACGUUACCAACAGGCUGGCCAUACCUAACCAAAGGAAUCAAGACAAGGAUCACAGACUAAUGCCAUCUGACCUGUCAACUGUCAAUCAUAUCGUUAAACUCAACUGUACUGUGAUUCAAUACAUCUGAACAACCUUCCAUGUACCAUCUUCUGAAUUUAAAGACUGAAUUCAAAAACAUUAGCAUAAUGGAUGAUUGGUGUAUCGCAUUGAGCCCUGGGCUGAAGUUUUGUAUUAGUCUUGCCUGUAUUUUUGUCCAUGAAUCUGAAAUAUAAUGCCAUAUUUCCCUUGAUUUAGAAGAAUAUGAUUAAUACCAUACAGAUCUUUGAACUGUCUUAAUCAAUAUUUUUAAAAAUGUAAAAGACCUGUUAAUGUUUUGUUGUCAUUCGAUGAUUUGCAAAGAAAAGAUAAAGCAUUUGAAACUUCAAAAUCAUCUCUUGAAAAAGUAAAUGUUGUACUCGUGAAUUA